AGAGUCAUGGUCGACCAAUCAACACCAGUAUAGGGAAGACGAACCAGUUGCGAACGAUACAAGGCACCGGGUCGUCGAUACUCUAUAGUCUACACAUUACUGUUCCUGGUGGCCUUCUCUCUAAAGACGACAUCUUAACCUACUCCAACGAUCACGACGGUCCAAACUGUCAUGAUUUACCCAAAAAACUCUUCUCGAAUGUCGGCUGAUAUUGCUGCUUUGAUUUUCUUCAUUUGUAUUCUGGCGGGUCGUUUAGAUCCUUAUAUAUAGUAAAUGGAAGGUCAAGAAGCUCCACAAAUGCUUAGCCAGCCAUGUUUGUCAAGCUCUCUGUUCUCCUAUGGCUACUAGUCCUUCUGGCACUAGCAGAAGCGCAAGGCCUUAGUUUCAUCUACAAUAGUGGAUUCAAUGGCCGUUCUGGUCGUAAUCUUACUCUAGACGGCAUAGCAGAAAUCACAGCCAACGGUCUGUUGAAGCUUACAAAUGAUACAAAACAGAAAAGCGGCCAUGCCUUCUACCCUAACCCAGUAACCUUCAAGAACUCAGACAGCGGCUCUGCUUUCUCCUUCUCCACCAACUUUGUCUUUGCCAUUCGAUCAGAGUACGCUAGACUCAGCGGCCAUGGGAUCGCUUUUGUUAUCUCUCCCACGACAGGCUUCCCCGGAGCUCGGCCGAGCCAGUACUUGGGCCUCUUCAGCGAAACCAACAACGGCAACUCGACCAAUCACGUUUUUGCUGUGGAGCUCGAUACGAUUCAGAGCACGGAGUUUGGUGACAUCAACGAUAACCAUGUUGGGAUCGACAUCAAUGGCUUGAACUCUACCAGUAAAGCUCCAGCUGGUUAUUUUAGUGGUGGGUUCAAAAAGAACUUGACUCUUAUCAGUGGUAAAGAAAUGAGAGUUUGGGUUGAUUAUGAUGGCACCAAGAAGCAAAUUGAAGUUACUUUGGCUCCAAUUGAUGUUGCAACUAAACCCCCAACUCCACUUCUGUCAUAUCCUUAUGACCUUUCCCCAGUUCUCAGAAGAAGCAUGUAUGUUGGCUUUUCGUCUUCAACUGGCUCAGUCCUCACAUCCCAUUAUGUAGUGGGUUGGAGCUUUAGGAUGAAUGGCCAAGCAGAAGACCUUACAGCUUCCAAACUUCCGAAGCUGCCUACCAUUCCAGGUAAAAAGAGGUCCAUGCUUUUCACCUUUGGUUUGCCUCUGAUUUCAGUGAGUGUGGUCUUGCUAUUAGUUUCUGGUGUGCUCUAUGUCAUAAGAAGGAAGAGGAAGUAUGCAGAAGUGCUUGAAGAUUGGGAGCUAGAGUAUGGUCCUCAAAGGUUCAAGUACAAAGAAUUGUACAUAGCCACCAAGGGGUUCAGGGAAAAGGAGCUUUUGGGAACUGGGGGAUUUGGUAAAGUCUAUAGAGGUAUACUACCCUCCUCUAAAAUUGAGAUUGCAGUGAAGAGGGUAUCACAUGAAUCAAGACAGGGAAUGAAGGAAUUCGUAGCAGAAAUUGUUAGUAUGGGCCGGCUGCGUCACCGGAAUUUGGUCCAACUCUUGGGAUAUUGCAGGCGAAAAGGAGAGCUGCUUUUGGUGUAUGACUACAUGCCUAAUGGAAGCUUGGACAAAUAUCUCUAUGAUCAACCUGCGGUGACUCUUAAUUGGAACCAGAGGUUUAGAGUCAUCAAAGGUGUGGCUGCAGGGUUGUUCUAUCUUCAUGAAGAGUGGGAACAAGUUGUGAUUCACAGAGAUGUGAAGGCCAGUAAUGUGUUGCUAGAUGGGGAACUUAAUGGAAGGCUAGGAGAUUUUGGGCUUGCAAGAUUGUAUGACCAUGGAACUGACCCUCAAACUACUCAUAUAGUUGGAACACUCGGGUACUUAGCCCCAGAGCACACAAGAACAGGCCGCGCCACCACGAACACCGACGUGUUUGCUUUCGGGGCAUUUCUACUCGAAGUUGCUUGCGGAAAAAGGCCAAUUGAGACACAAGGUCCGGAAGAUGUGAUCUUGGUUGAUUUGGUGUUUUCUUGUUGGAAUAGGAGUAACAUCCUUGAGGCAAGGGACCAAAGCUAUGGUACAGAUUUCGUAGCCGAGGAAGUGGAGUUGGUGUUGAAGCUUGGGCUCUUGUGCUCACAUUCGGAGCCGGCGGCAAGGCCUACCAUGCGACAAGUUAAUCAGUACCUAGCCGGUGACGUUGUUUUGCCGGAAGUUUCACUUCUCGGGCUUUCUUCCAGUGGCUUAACGUUUGCCCACCAUGAAGGCUUUGAUGACUUUGCAAUGUCGUAUCAGUCUUCUGUAGGCAAGGGCUUCUCGCAAUCAUCAUAUAUUGCAGAGUCCGCACUACUUUCAGGUGGUCGUUGAUUCCAAGCCAUUCACAGAUUCGGAUUCAGAACCCAUAUUACGCAUGUAUAGAUGCACAUCGCAGUUCAUUGACUGAAUAAUUAUUGUAUCUUAUAUAGCUUUUUAUGACUGCUAAUGAAAAACCAUAUGAAUGUGUAGU